AUGGAACUGCUCGUUACGCCAUUAUCUUGGCCAGGGCUAACCCCACAGAUGUUGAACAUCAUACGAAAAGCCCUUCUUAAUCUUCUGACGUUGGCGGAUGAGCAAAUAUACCGUGCUGCACUUGAAUAUGAAGAAAUUCAGGUUAUAAAGGGUCAGUCCGCUUCCUAGUC